GUCGGGCAGUUCGAUUUGGGUGUAUGGAACGAAUUGUUUGGUUCAAAGUUUGUUCGUCGGCAUUUGCCGCAUAUACCACGGCAUUAUGAUGCAGCUUCUUUACCUGCACACAUUUCGCCGCGUGUAGUCGAUGGAGAAAGUUCGGUCCACGCAGCUCAAAUUCAAAGGGGACAAAAUCAAGAAGAAGCGCAAGAGAGAAAACCACGAUGAAGGCUCCGCCAGCAAACGUGUAGAAGAUGAGGACCCGGAAACAUGGGUCCUACCGGAGAAUGCAGCAGAAAUUCGCGGGCCUACUUUCAUUAUACACCCUUCUGAUCCUUCGCCGAUAUCAGUGAAUUUUGAUUCUACAAGAAACAAGAUUGUAUUGUCAUCUCUGGACAAGGACUCGACAUCUGAUACCGAUACCCCGUCAUUACUCGAUCGCAUACCUACAGAGGUAGCUCAGGUCUGGGUUACAACGCACGUCGCGGGAUCGGCCACUAUCAACCUUCGGACGGGCACUGGCGAAGGAAAGUUCCUGUCUUGUGACAAGCACGGUAUUGUGAGUGCUUUUAGGGAAGCGCGAGGGCCCGAGGAGGAGUGGACACCUGUUAUUUUACCCGAUGGCAUGGUAGCCUUCAUGAACGUGUAUGAAAAUUAUCUCAGUGUUGACGAGGUCGCAGGAGGUUCACUCCAGCUGCGAGGUGACAGUGAAGAAGUCGGGUUUCGGGAGCGGUUUUGGUUAAAGAUCCAAAGCAAGUAUAAGAAGGAGGCCCAUGAGGAGAAGAAGAAAAGAGAAGCGGGCUCAGAGUUGACAGUUAUAGACGAAACUUCCACCAACCAUAUGCACCAAGCCUGGGGAGCUGGACGUUCGGUGGUGUCUCAAGAAGAUAAGAAGGAGCUCAAGCGAGCACGCAAGGAAGGUCGCUUGGCAGAAGCAUUGCUGGACCGACGAGCGAAGUUAAAGAGUGAUCGAUUUUGUUGAAACCUUGUGCCGAAUUAUCAAUUCAUCUUUUGUGCAUGUCGGACUCGUGUAUCUUUGUAGUAUACUUUUAUAUUUACCCGUGGGGCAUUUCCCGUGACGGCUCACGCGCGUGUCGCAUCCAAAGGUGGAAUAAAGGGGGGU